AUGGCAACAUACAAAUUCCACGAUGUUGUCAAAACAGUCACCAGAAUCGAUCGACGACAUGGUAAACGCCAAGUUCCCAUGAAAGUCCUAGCGCUCGGUCUCUGCCGGACGGGAACUGAUUCAUUGAGGCAGGCUUUAAGGGCAUUGGGUUACAAUGACACAUAUCAUGGCUAUAUGGCAGCCCUGGAGAACCCUCGUGAUUGCGAGCUGUGGUAUGAAGCACUUCGAGCGAAAUACGAUGGCAUUGGAAACCCUUUUGGUCGGGAGGACUUUGACCAGCUGUUGGGCAACUGCCAAGCUGUGUGUGACUUUCCGGCUGCUGCUUUCUCACGAGAGCUGAUAGAAGCAUACCCCGAAGCCAAGGUUAUACUCACGGAUAGGGACAUCGAUGAAUGGCACAGCUCUGUACAAAGGACCUUCGAACCACUUCUCUUCCAUCCCCUAUUCGCAAUAAUGCAGUUCCUGGAAAAUGUGUUUGUCAUGCACACGCGCUGGUUGCGACCCACAUGGACAAAAAUAUGGACGCACUAUUUCCAGGGCAACUUCGAGGCAAACGGACGCAAGGCUUUCGAGGCCCACUAUGCCGCCGUGAAGGAAAUGGUACCCGCCGAGAACUUGCUGGUAUACAAGGUUAGCGAGGGUUGGGAACCACUAUGCAAAUUUCUUGGACAAUCUGUUCCACCGCAACCGUAUCCCACAGGGAAUCAUGUAUCGGUAUUCCAGCAGCGUUUUCGAGAUGCGAUAUUCUAUAACGGGAAGGAGAUGAUUGAAAAGCUAGGGAAGAUUAUUUCGAUCUAUUUGUGUUUCAAGUGGCUGUUGAAAGCCAUGAAACGGUCGUUGGUUGGUUCGGUUGGCCUACGGAUGAUAACCAAGUUUCUUCUGUCCCGACAGAAACCGGUCCAGUAA